CCCCCGGUGGUCGUUGCUGGUACUGCGUAUCUGCACACGGGGGAAAAGAGAGAGAGAGGGAAAGCGACAAGGAGGCGUGAGUUCGCUACGCUGCAACGUUAGCUCUUUGCUGACGAAACCCCGUUUAUUUGUGUUGGUGGACAAUAAAACAGCAGCCGUGCCUAGACGCGCUCCCACCCCCAGCGGUGCCGUCAUGUGGCAGGAGGCCCGCAAACAUGAGCGCAAGCUCCGUGGCAUGAUGGUGGACUACAAACGCCGCGGAGAGCGCCGGAGGGAGUACUAUGAGAAGAUCAAAAAAGAUCCGGCUCAGUUCCUCCAAGUUCACAGCCGAGCCUACAAGAUCCACUUGGAUCCUGCGGUGGCGCUGGCUGCAGAGAGCCCAGCAAACAUGAUGCCUUGGCAAGGAGAUGCCAACAACAUGAUUGACAGGUUUGAUGUGAGGGCUCACCUGGACUACAUCCCAACUUACACCCCUCCUCUGCUCAGCACAUCCACCCCAGAGCAGGACAUGGAGGAGAGGAAGUGUAAUUAUGAGCGCUACAGGGGCCUAGUACAAAACGACUUUGCCACCAUCUCGGAGGAGCAGUGUUUGUACCAGAUUUACCUGGACGAGCUCUACGGUGGCCUGUCGAAGCCAAAUGAGGAAGAGAAGAAGAAACUUGCAGAGAAAAAGGUUGCCAUCGGUUACACGUAUGAAGACAGCACGGUGCUGGAGCCGCACUCCCAGUCAGAUAAAGAUGAAGAUAACUCGGAGAACAGUGAAUCCGAAGAGGACGAAGGCAUUCCUGAUAUUGACGUUGAGGUCGAUGUUGAUGAGCUAACCCCAGAGCAGCUGUUGGACCUGAACAAAAUGGCUACUCCAUAUGGAAUGGCUGAAGGCGACUUUGUCAGGAUGUUGAAGAAAGACAAGGAGGAAGUGGAGGCCAUUAAGCACGCCAAAGCUUUGGAGGCAGAGAAGGCCAUGUACUCUGGCCGUCGCUCUCGCAGACAGAGGAGGGAGUUUAGGGAAAAGAGGUUAAAAGGCAGACAGAUCAGCCCACCAAGCUAUGCCAGAAGAGACAGUCCCACAUACGAUCCAUACAAACGGCCAGAAUCUGAGUCCAGCUCCGAGUCUCGGUCUCGAUCCCGCACUCCGGGUCCUGAGAAGAUCACAUUUAUCACCAGCUUCGGGGGCAGCGACGAUGAAGCUGCAGCAGCGACACAAGCUGCUGCUCCUCACUCUGGCCACGCCCCCUCCAGCUUGCAGCACUCUGCAGGUCAUAGCAGAGGCUCCCGGAGACGCAGGUCGUCCUCCAGCCACUCCCCUUCCUCCUCCUCUCGCUCCUCGUCUCGGUCAUCAUCUCGGUCAUCGUCCCACUCGCGGCGAGCCCGGCGAGGGAAUGGGAGACGGGAUGGGCGCCGCUCUUUGAGUCACUCACGGUCCAGGCGGCGUUCCAGAUCUCGCUCCAGAGGUAGAGGAGGAUCCUGGAGGAGACGCGACCGCACAAGGUCACGAUCCAAUGACAGAGACAGAGCUAGGGACAGAGACAGAGACCGGGACAGAAGGCGAUAUUCAGCACGCAGACGAACGAGGUCCCGCUCCAGCUCGCGGCAGUGCAGUAGUUCCAGGCACAGAGGUCGGAGCACCGGAGUACGCCGUCGGAGGGAAAGUGACAGCCGCAGUCCCUCUCGUUCUUCCAGUCGUCCACGACACAGUCCUUCUCCCCUCCACCGAGGGUCCCAGCCUGCUGCCAACUGUGUCUCUGACAAGCUGAGAAAGCCUGACACUGCGGGUGGUAAAGAGACGGGAGCUGCCAAACCUAAGCUGACGCCUCAGGAGAAGCUGAAGCUACGAAUGCAGAAGGCGCUCAACAAGCAGUCCAAGGCGGAUAAAAAAGCUGCUCAGGUGAAGAUCCAGCAGCAGGAACACAAGCGGCAGGAGCGUGAGGGAGAGCUGCGAGCCAUGGCACGCAAGAUCCGUAUGAAGGAGCGUGAGCGACGUGAAAAAGAGAGAGAUGAAUGGGAAAGACAAUAUGGCCGACAGAGCAACUCACCUUCCCCCUCCAGAUCCAGCCGAGAGUCCAACUCAUACAAAAGAAGGUCACGAUCGCGAUCUCGAUCUCGAUCGCGGAGUCCGUAUUACAGAUACUAACAGGUGGACGUGGUGGACUCAUCCUGCAGAACGUCCAUUACAAACUGUCCAACAAGAGCCACUUACAUGGAAAUAUGAAGAGGUGGAGUGACUGACUGUUGGUAACCAAACCAGCUCAUAAGCCUACAACUCAACACGAUCGCUCGUACUGCUCAUACAUGAAACAGACUGUGAUUCUUUACUCAUUUGAGAUUUUUCUUCAAGAUUUCUUCACCUCUGCAUGGUACAUUUUUUGUUUUCCCUCCACUUCCUCUGGAGAUAUUUGUACAAGGUGAAAGUGUGUAACACAAAGCAGUACCCAUGGUUUUGCCUUUCAUCUACCCAAUGUCAAUAUUCUACAACAAUCUACAAUUUUGUAACGGGAAAACUAAGGAAUGUUUCAAGCUGUCUCAUAAUUUGAUUUGCUGGAUAUGAAUUAUAUAUAAAUCCAAAUCUAACUACUUUAAAGGGGGAAUCUGUCUGUGUUUAUUAAACUGUUGGUUGCUCAUUUUGUACUCAGCUGGCCAAAUACAGAAACGUGUUUCUCUAAUGUGGAAUGUUAAAUGCAGAAAAAAUAAAAAAAGAUUUUGAAUA